ACUCUUUCCCCCCUCCUCUUGUCUGCCACUCCAGCCGUUCGUUCAACUACUCCCUUCAUUCUCCUCUCGGGCCAUGUCCAGCUCAAUUCCUGGCAAUAGGGAUCUUCCACCCUCCCAGUAUGACUUGAGCACAUACUGGGGCCGCGUUCGACAUGCCGCCGACCUCGCCGAUCCGAGGAUGAUGUUUGUCUCCUCGUCGGGCUUGGAGAGUGCAAAAACCCUUAUCUCUUCGUACAAGCAGAGCCACGUCCCCGCAAUGACACCGGAGUUGUGGCGUGCGAAGAAGGUGGUAGAUUCCACCCUGCAUCCAGACACUGGCGAGCCGGUUUUCCUCCCCUUUCGCAUGUCCUGCUACGUUUUGUCCAACCUGGUUGUGACUGCUGGCAUGCUUACGCCCGGAUUACAGACUACCGGUACGCUUCUCUGGCAGAUCGCUAAUCAGUCGCUCAACGUCGCCGUCAACAACGCGAAUGCAAACAAGUCCACACCUUUGUCAUACUCCCAGAUUGGCAAGUCAUACUUGAUGGCGGUAUCUGCAUCGUGCUCGGUGGCGCUGGGUCUCAAUGCCCUUGUGCCCCGUCUGAAGGGACUGUCGCCAAGCACCAAGCUUAUGCUGGGUCGCCUGGUGCCCUUCGCCGCUGUGUCCAGCGCCAGUGCCCUGAAUGUGUUCCUGAUGCGUGGCGAGGAGAUUCGUCAGGGUAUCGAUGUCUACCCUGUUCUGUCAGAGGUUGAGAAGAAAAAACGGGAGGAGACCGGCGAGCCGGUCCAGAGCUUGGGCAAGAGCAAGAAGGCGGCUACUAUCGCCGUCGGUGAGACCGCUAUCAGUCGUGUUCUGAACGCCACCCCGAUCAUGGUCGUACCGCCGUUGAUCCUACUCCGGCUAGAGAAAACGGCCUGGCUCAAGGCUCGGCCCCGUAUGGUUCUUCCUCUGAACCUAGGAUUGAUCCUGACCACAUCCCUGUUUGCCUUGCCGCUGGCACUAGGAGCCUUCCCUCAGCGCCAGGCCAUCAGCGCGCAGUCUUUGGAGGAGGAGUUCUGGCAGAAGGGUGGUAAGGAUGGAAUGGUUGAGUUCAACCGGGGGAUGUAAAGCACCCUCGUUCUUUCUUUGGUUGGCAUUCUAAAACAUAGCCUUGUUCGGUUUUUUCUUCUUCCGUUUCUAUUACCCUUUUGAUGUUGGCGCAUCAUGGACAGAAAGUCCCAGUCCGUAUAUAGAGACCUCUGAUAGAUUACAUAGAGAUUUCUGAUUGACACAUUUCUUUUUCGGACUCAGCUCCAUACACGUAAGCCCUACUACAAUAAGGAACUAUACCCGAUCCCGUGGUGUCCA